ACGUGCCAAGAUGGCGGAAAUAAAGCGGAACGAGAAACACGGUGUUUUUAAAAAGCGCACAGACUUUGAGACGUUUGUUUUAUUCACGUUGCAGAAGAUGUUAGAAGCUUAUUGAUGUAAACGGCCAGGCGGGGACAGACACCGCCCGUGAGCAACGUAAGGGUGAAUACUCCGUCAUCCCUCGGUGCCAUCCGCGGAAAACAACAUCCGCCUCCCGACGCUUGUGUGACCGGGACCCGUCCACGUUCUCCUCCUGGAGGAGUCACACGCUGAGCUAUUAUCUGAAGCAGGAGGAGGAGGAGGAGGAGGUGAAGCCGGGAGACGAUGGAGAGCUGCGGUUUCCAGAACCAGCUCCUCUCCGUCAUGGAGGUGCUGGCCAAGGCGGCGGUUGAGGAGAUCAACCGGCGAGUGGAGGACAGCUGCGCGGUGCUGCGGCUGGAGGUGAACCGGAGCAGGAGGGACAUCGAGCUGCUGAAGAACAAGUGCGAGCUGAUGGAGGCCGAGCUGAGGAGGAGCAGGCUGAGGGCCCGGAGGAGAGCAGGGGACCGAUGUUCUCCUGUGGUCAAAGUGAUUCUCAGGAAACAAACUCAGAUCAUCGACUGGGACACACGGAGAGGAGCUGAGGCCUCACAGCAAACACAGCAGGGCGUCGACCUGGAGGCUCCUGAUGAAACCCAACACGAGCAGAUCAAAGAAGAGUGUGCAGAGGAGGACGAGUGGAGGAACGACACGGUCGACAAACUCAUGUCUGCAGCAGAACCGUCCCCGUCUUUCAAAUCCUCUUCAGCUCCGCCGAGCGACGCCUUCGUGGAUCACUACCUCUCAGCCGAGGACCCGGCCGAACCAGGACCUGAGCCACAACCGGCCGGGGGCGACACUCUGCCACCGGAGCAGCAGCUGAGCGGCUCGGAACUCGUGGUGAAACACGAGAGGGAGGAGGAGCCGCUGGAUUCCUGCCACGCGUCCGUGACGGUGGUCGAUCCCGAUCAGCUGUGGUUGUCCGGUCUGUGCGGGGACGCAGCCGAUCCCAGCUUCUCCUACACGGCGGGGGGGCGGCUGGGGCCUCAUUCAGGGGACGUGGCGCCCAGAACUUACUCAGCAGGGAAGUCCCACUCCGUCCUGGUUCGAGUGAAAAGACGAGCGUCCAGGACGUUUGGAUGUCGACGAGCAGAGGACGGACUGAACUCUCAGAUCUUCUCCCCGGAUCACAGCUCCAUCGCUCAACAGCACCAGCGCCGAGACGAGGAGCCGAGUCCAAACCCGGGCUCCUCCUCCUCCUCCUCCUCCCGCGGGGGCUUCAGCCUGGCGAGGAGGAUGAGGACGCCCUGGAGGUCGGGCGUCGGCGAGAAGAGGUUCAGCUGCACCUUCUGCGACAAGAGCUUCAUGAGGUUCAGCCAGCUGAAGGAGCACCUGAGGAGUCACACGGGCGAGAAGCCGUUCAGCUGCCUGCAGUGCGGCCGCAGCUUCACCAAGCAGUGCAACCUCAUCCGGCACGCCGUGGUGCACAGCGGCGAGAAGCCGUACGAGUGCGCGCUGUGCGGGAAGUGCUUCACCCAGCGCUCCAGCCUCAAGUCCCACCAGAAGACGGCGCACUGAGCUCAACCGGGUCUUUUUAUACACGUUCGAUUCCCGUGUUUGGUCACUUCAAGAAUUUUUUUUUUUUUUACAUAGUGCUUAAACUGGUUUGAUCAUGUAUUUGUCAUUUAUAUUGUUGUUGUUCUCACUACGUUGGUUUAAUAUUAUAACAUUUGAUUUAAUGUUGACUGGUCUCGUGUUGUGGCUCCGUGAUUUAGUUGCGUCAGGAAACAAUAACCUUCCUUUCAUAUUUUCUCACAGAUCAAAUGUUUUUCUUUCGUCUGAAGAAACCCAAAGAUAUUUUAUUUAUUUAUCAUUCGUGACGGAGACAAGCAUCAAUUUCUCACACGUGAGAAGAUGAAGCAGCAAAUAUUUGACAGACAAAUGUAUUUAAUCGAUAAAUGGACUAAUCCUCACAGAUCUAAUUUAGAUUAAAGGUUCAAACUGUGUCUUGUUUUCUGUGUUUUCAACCCACUCGUUUCCAGUCGUGUGUGUGUCUGUGUGUGUGUGUGUGUGUGUGUGAGUGUGUGAAUCUGUUCAAUGGGUUAAACAGCUUGUUAAAUAAACAGGAAGUAAGGUUAGAAGUGAACUGAAGCCAAAUAGCUGCCUGACAGUUAAAUACAUUUCAUUUCUAAACCAUGGUAAAUGAUCUGAGGGAACAUUAAAACCAGGGGUCUGGACCUUUAAACGUUUAUUCUCCUGUUCUUAAAGCCUUCGUCUCAUGAGCUGAUUCAAUUAAAUUAUUAAAACAUUUAAAUAUUAGAGAUGAAGAACUAAAUUCAGCUUUUAAGAUAAUUGAUUACAUUAGACGACAAACAUUUCUCAUUCUUAGACAUCUGUCAACAUGUAGUGAUGCUAAAUGGGAACCUAUGGUAAAAUGUCCUCAAGUUAAAUUAACCAUCUCAUUGAAGAAAAGAUUUUCAUUCCACUUAACUGCAACGACCGAUUAAUAAUAUUAACUGGUUUGAAUUAUGAGAAAUCUUCUAGGUAAUGAACUCUUUUUAUUUUAGAUCUAUGCUCAGAUCUGUGACUGGCUACGAUUAUUAAUCAAAAUACAAACCAGAGCCUGACUGAUCAAAGUGUACUGGUCUAAUGUUCCUUAGUGGGACUCGCCUGUAGAAACAAACUUCAUAAAGAGUCAAAUUUGGAUCCUCUUUGACUCGAAUCAUACACGAUUCAGAACUUGCAAAUCAAAUCUGAAAGCAAAAGUGUUUUCAUCAAGUCACCGUGAAAAACUAAAAAGAAUGAAGAGACGAACACAAGUAAGACUCAGAGAAGCUUUGUUACUCGAUCAGCAAAGAAAAACAUCUGGAUCUGUAUUCGUCAGGCGACACAAACUUUUUACACAAAUAUACAAAAGGUAAGACGUUAAAAAGUUGUUUUCUUUCUCAUAAAUAUCAAAUUAGAUCUUUUUUUUUCAUCCUUUAAAACACUGAGAUAAAUGAUCUGUUGCAUAGAAAAGUAGUGAAAGGUCAUUAAGAGGAGAUCAUCACGGUACAAGUGCAACUUAGUUCCUAGAUCAGAAUGAAACUAGAGAGGAUCAUUGAAGAGCUGGAGCAGAUCAACAGGAAGUUGUGUUUAACAAGUCAAAACUCAUUUCAUUACAGUCACUGAAAACAUUCAGAUCAACAGUUCUCAUGUUAAAUGAGAUUGUUUAAUAUCUGUUAAAGUUAAAUAACGUUUUAACUCUCAAACAGGAAGAUGAAAAUGUCUUGGGACCAGUUUCACAGUAUCGAACUCGGCUUAAAGUAAAAUAUUCACUGAAUUUUAAGGGAAAACAUUGAGAUUUGAAUAUAAUAAAUUAGCUCCUUCUAAUGUGUGAUGGAGGAAACUUUUUUCAGAUGCUUGAAUACUUUUUAAUCACGUCAGAUGUUUGUGAAAGACUGAUGAUGGAAUGAAUCACUAAUUUAUUCACUGCUUUAGGACAUUAGCAGUUUUUAGAGCUUUUGUGUAUGUAGUUAAUAUAAUAUAAUGUAAUUUAUAUUUCUGCCUUCAUGUUCAUCUUGAAUCUAUAAGUCUGACAUGUGAUUGAUUUUCCCACCUUAAAGCCUUGUUUCUAUAAAUUGAACUUUUUACUUUAAAGUGAGACUAUGUUAUUUUUUGCAGAACAACGACCCUCUGUGGCCACAACAGGGAAUUACAGCACACAGGCACAUUUUGACUUUUCCAUUUCUGACAGUUUUCUGAAGCGACUGGUUUUAACAACCACAUUUUCCAGGGUUACCAUUACAUCAUGGUCAAACCAGUCUGAGUAAGGCUGCGAUGGUUAAAUCCCUGAUUCUUUAUUGAUUGACAGUUCAUUUUAUUGUUUAUGAAUCAAACUUAAUUUGUAUUAAGAAGAUUCCUGCAUUUCAAACAUUUAACAGUCUUAAAGUUGUUAUGGUGAAAAGCUAUAAUUGAUCAAAUUCAUUAAAUUACAAAAGAGUGACAAGAGGGAACUGUUUUGAAAACUCGUGGUGCAUUGAAGUAAACUCAGACAUUAGAACCUUGAUUUGGCUUCAGAGCUUCUUGUUUCUUGAAAACACGUCUCCUGAACCUCACAAACUGACGACCACGACUUCACAUAGAUACCAAGCUGUUAAAAGACAUUGAAACCACUGGUCAGGUCCUUUAAAGAGUCAGUGAAUGAACUGUAAGUGUUGAAUGAAUCCAGCUCGACCUCGAGGAGAAUUAGACAAAAUGUGAAUUGACGGCGUGAAAUCCUGAAACCAUUUUCCUGCCUGUUGCCGGGCAGAGUUUCC